AUAGCAGACAGCCCUCUUACUGUCUCAACUUCGGUGGAUCCAUUGGUGCAAUCUUCUACACUCACAACUUUUCCUGCAUCAUCCACGCCUCCUAUCGUAAUGGCAACCGGUGGUUUGCCAUCUCUAAGCGCUCGACCACCCCUUGACCCGGUGAACACGAGGCUUAUGACUUGCUUGGCUGACUGCGUUGCAAGGAUCCGGGACCCUUUCACUCCAGAAGAGCAACUAGAGACUGGUACCGCUGAGACGCUAGAGCAAGAGUACAACAGGAUGGAUACCUGUAUACGGCGCAUAAUACGCGUAGUUAAGUUGAUGCCUUAUUUCAACGAGAUUGGCAAGCCAGCACAGCUGAAUUUACUUAGAGUAAUUUUACUCACUCUUUUAUCUUUUCCAGAAUUUCUGCUAAUACGUUUAUACAAAUUGAUCCUCAAAAAUGAGCCGUUUGGACUGUAA